AUGGAUAGGCGCUUGCUCGCUUUCAGGAAAGCAGCUGGCGAGGCAGCCAACAAGGCAGCCAACGAAGCAGCCUACGAGGCACCCAGCGAGGCGGCCAACGAGGCCUCCGACGAGGCAGCCCGCGGGGCAGCCAAAAAAACAGCCGUCGAGGCAACUGGCGAAGCAGCCAGCGAGGCGGCCAACGAGGUAGCCCACGAGGCACGAGGCAGCCAACGAGGUAGCCCACGAGGCAGCCAGCCAGGCAGCGAGGCGGUCGACAGGGCAGCCAGCAAGGCAACCAACGAGGCCACCGACACAGCACCCGGCAAGGCAACCAACGAGGCAGCCAACGAGACAACCAACGAGGCAGCCAACGAGACAGCCAACAAAGCAGCCAACGAGGCAGCCAUCGAGGCAGCCAGCAAGGCAGCCAACAGGCAGCCGAGCAGGCAGGCCACCAGGAACCAGCACGUCGCAAUGCGCCGCUUGCAUGACAGCGGCAUGGGCGUCAAGAGGAUCGCCGCGGCCUUGAGCCGCUCCACGGACACCGUCUCGAAGCAUUUGUUCAAAAAGAACACGACCAAGAAGUCCAAGGGCCGCCCGAAGCAUUCCAUCCGCACCCCCAAAGGGUUUCUCGCUGCCCAGCGCGCUUACAAGAAGCUUCUGAAGUCCUCGGGCGGCACAAAGGAAGUGACGGCAGCCAUGCUGAAGUCCGAGAUGAAGUUGAAAUGCGACAUCGAGACAGUGCGCCGCGAGUUUGCUGAGAAUGGCUACCAGUUCCGCCCGCUGUACGAGAAGCCUGACCUUUCUGAUGGGGACAAGAAGGAGCGCCUGCAGUGGGCCCGCGAGCACAAGCACCGGAGCCCCAGCCAGUGGUCACAGUACGUCCACGCGUGCAUGGACAACAAGGUGUUCCAGGUGCUGCCCAAUGCGAAGUACAGGAAGGUGGCGGCAAAGCGCAAGGUUCGCGGGGUGUACAGGAAGCGCAAGCGGGACUUCUCCGUGGGCCACGUCAAGCCGAGCAACCCUAAGGUUCUGAAGCAGAGUUCGGGCAAGGGCUCCGUGACCAUCGCGUGCGCCAUCGGCGCGGGCAAGGUGUUGAUGUGGCACCAGGUGGUCGGCAGGUGGAACGCCGCAGCCGCGGGGCGAAUGUACUCGGGGGCGCUCCAGCCCGCUUUGAAGAGGGCCUACCCUUCCGUGCGCGGCAAGUUCCGCGUCAUGGAAGACAACGACCCCACGGGCUACAAAUCUCGCUCGGGCAUGGCGGCGAAGAAGUCCGCUGGCAUCCAGACGUUGGACUUGCCGAAGCGGUCCCCUGAUCUGAUGCCGCUUGAUUUCGCCUUCUGGGCCAAUCUGAACAAGCGCAUGAGGGGGCAGGAGAAGGACUGGCCCGCGAGCAAGACGGAGACGCGGGCGCAGUACCUGGCCCGGCUGCGCCGCACGGCGUUGGCGACGCCUUCUGAGUACAUCCACAGCAUCAUGGGCAGCCUGCACAAGCGCUGCGGCUUGUUGGUCGAGGCGAAGGGCGGCCACUUCGCCGAGGGCGGUGGGAACUGA